CAGCUGCGGUCUCUGGAGUUAAAUGUGAGGAUUAGAGGCUGGUUUUUGGAGGCAUCAGGGUAGUUAGUUCUGGGUUCCAGAACUGGCCUGGUGUAAAGAGCCUUUCUGCAGUUUCCCCUCUGUUCUGGACAAGGCUUAGAUAUUGUGGAGCAUCUCCAGGAUAAGACCAUGGGAAAAAAUGCAGUGACUUUUGCUAAUUUCCAAAACUUGUAUGGUUUUGAAACUGAACAAAAGACCAGAAAUCGGAAUCAUCUUCCCACUUCCAUGAACGAGCAGUAAUAAUGCAGCGAAGGCAGGGAAGAGUCAGUGCUGGGCUGCUUUUGCUGCUUUAUCAAAUUUCCCAGGUGGGACUCCAGAACAUUCCUCCUGUUACCCUUGGGGUGCUUGCACUGAACGUUUUUCUCUUCCUGAAUCCCGUGAGGCCGCUGGCUGAAGUGUGCAUCAGUGUCAAUGAAGCCAUCUACAACAAGAACUGGCAGCGCUUGCUGCUUUCUCCUUUCCACCACGCAGAUGACUGGCACUUGUACUAUAACAUGAUUUCCAUGCUUUGGAAGGGGAUAAUGCUGGAAAAAAAGCUGAAGAGCGUGUGGUUUGCCUACGUAAUUGCGGUGUUUUCCGUGCUGAUUGGACUUGUGUAUGUGGUGCUGGAAUUCCUCCUUGUGAAAGUUCUGGAUGACCCUUCCUAUGGAAUGAGCUGUGGGGUAGGUUUUUCAGGAGUCCUGUUUGCUCUGAAGGUUCUUAACAACCAUUACAACCCGGGAAGAGUCAGCACCGUCCUCGGGGUGCGGCUCUCCAGUAAAUACGCCUGCUGGGUGGAGCUGCUGGCCAUCCAUUUAAUCGCCCCAGGGACUUCUUUUGCUGGGCACCUAGCAGGGAUUCUUGUUGGAUUGAUGUACACUAAGGGACCUCUGGAAAAGAUCAUGAAAGCCUGUGCAGGUGGCAUUUCUUUCUUCACUGACCAUGGCAGGCCAAGGGACUACUAUUCAGACUAUUAUGGCCAUUAUCCAGGUUAUCAAUACAGACCUCCAAGGAACUACUAUGAUUACACUGGUGGGCUCACUGAAGAAGAACAGCUUGAAAGGGCAGUGCUAAACAGUCUUAAUGAAAGAGUGUUUUGGACAUAUCUUGGGAAACAGAAGAAAACUUCCUGGUAGAAUAUUCAGAGGAUGUAGUGUGAGGAUGCAGUGUCAUUCUCUUAGUCUAAUUACAUUUAUUCAUAAUUGCUUACUGUUUGAUUACCUUACUACCAAUGCAGUAGAAGAAAUGCUUUUCUGACAAAAAUCCCUCAAGUAAACUAAGUUACUGUGCUAAAAACUCCUACAAUUCUCUAAAAAGUAGUAUGAAGUGGUAAUAGCAAAAUUGAUGUUGUCAAUGUUUGAACUUUCUGGAUGUGUCUUUUUUUUUUUUGCUUUUUAUACAAAUAUAAUUGACAGGCAAUGUACUGAUUUUUAACUCUUCACACUAUCCUGUUCUACCUUAAAGGAAGCUGAAAAACAUGGGAAAAAAUGUUUAGGAAUAAAAAUUGUUUGUUUUUAACUGAAAUGUAUUAGUAUAAAAUGUGUAAAAUACAUUCAGUGGGAUACAGUUUAACUUUUUAUGAUGCAAGAAAAUGAAGGGGGAAAGAAUACCUGGCAGAAUCUGUUACUCAGUUCCUGAAAACUUCAAGGCUUAAGGGAAAAUCUGUUUAAGGUGACUGACAGUGCCAGGUUAGAACAUCACAUGUCCAGUUUUCAUCAUGUUUAUGCAAUAUUUUUAUAUUGAAUGAUAAAAUAAAGGUCAGAAAUUAAUAUAGUAUGUGUUGUCUGGUGUUGAUAGAGUUUUUCAUAUCAAGCAUUGCUUCCUCUUGAAUGUGUUGUGUGUCCAUAUGGAUUGUUGUAGGAAGUCAGCCACAGGCUUUAGGUGCUCCUUGACUGCAGAAAUCUGAAAGAUUUCUUUUAAAUCUGGUGAAUCUGUAACAUUUAAUCUUAAGAAAAAUAAUAAUGUGACUGAAAAUCUCGUAAACAUAAUUUUUCUUUUUCAUCAUCUUGGUAUUUCGUCUUCCUGGGUGCAAGGAACUAUUCAUUAGGAAAGAGAUACAGAAGCCUCUGCUUGUACCUGCAACCCUUCAAAUGCAGGGCACCAUUCAUAAAUCUCCUCUCAGAAAAUUAAUUUACACCACUGUUAUGGCUGUCAGAGAAAUACCAGGCAAAAUAUGAAAACCAGUGUCUUUGACAAAUCAUCAUCACUUUUGCUUUCACACCUUCUGUGAUCCUAUUUUUUAUUAUGAAGAACAUGUUGUGUUAUCUGGAAGAUGGUUUUAAAAAGUCAGCAGAUGAGGCAAAAUUGAAAUAGAGAAAGACUUUUUCAGUUUGAGAGAUUCAUUAACAUGUUGCUUAAAGUAAAUGGAGAUUUUUUGCUUUAUUGGGUUUGUGUCUAUUGUGAGGGUGACUUGUGAGGAAGAAGUGCAGACUUGUAGGGAAAACAGGGGUUUUUUUAAGGGAUUUUUUUCUUCUAGUUAUCUUCCUUCCUUGUUCACCUUUGUUGUUCUGCCUGAGUGUCCUUCAGCACUGUAAAGCUGGAAGCUUCAAAAAUCCCGUAACAUUUUCUGCAGCAGGUUUAUUACCUCAGUGUAUUUGUUUUAUGAAUUAAUGUAAUCUGAGCAGUCCCAUUUCAAUCAAAUCUUCGAAGAUAGUGAGGAUCUUAGCUUUCAAAUAAGUCAGUAAAAUAGCACUUAGUCCAUCUGGUCUGUCAGCAGAAGACAGUGAAUGAGUUGCUCUUUGUGCUAUCUUGGGAAUUUUUAGAAAUCAACCAAGUAAUAUAAAUAUGUUGCCCUAUGUAAUUUUGGAAGGGAAUGGGUCUAAAAUGGGCUUUAUUGUAAGGGAUACUGUUUAUUUUACUGUCUUUUUAACACAUUUUGCAUCAUUUUUAACACUGAGUUUGAGGAAGAAAUUUUGAAAUGUCACUUGAAAGACUGAGCCAUGUUUGUGGGAUGUUUUUAAAGUAUCAAGAAAACAGAAUACUAAUAACAAUGACAAAAGGAUGAUAAUGUAAAUAAGUAGACAGUAUGCACUUUAAAGGCUUCCAUGUAUCAGGGUGAAACACUUACAACUUUCAUUUGGAACCUUAAAGUAAAACCCCACAGUCAGUUAAGUGUAGUAAGUGUAUCAUUGUGUGUUGUAUCUGAUACAUUUUGGUGUGAUCAAAUACACAGAGAUCUUGUUUUCAAGAGUGCUUUAUUUUGCACCCCUCUCUCUCCUGCCUGCUGGAGCACUUUAGUUUGGGCAAGCAAGGCUUUGGAGUUGAACUCUGUAAAAUAUUUCCUUGGCCAGGCUGUGGAAAGGUUAAACUUGCCCAGAGGAAGGGAUAUCGAGCACGGCAUUGAUCAGCCCUGAUUUAGGGACACAAAGGAUGAGAGGCAAUUUACUGUGCUAAUGGGAAUUAGGAUAUUCUUCCCUGUCAGUCUGAGAAAGAAUUAGCUGGAAUGAGCACCAUCCUUUGAACGUGACACGUUUCCCCUACAGCGUGAACAUCCAGAGGUUCUUGCAAUUACAUGGAUGAUGAAACAGGUACUUAACAUGACAAAAAAAUUACAUAAAAUAAUUUCAUGUAGAGAGCUAAAUGGUUGUAAAAGCAGGUACCACAAUCAAUUUAGAGUUUUCUUUUCGUAUUAAUUUUUUUUCCCAACUAUGACACUUAAACCAUCACAGCUGCUCUGUAACUUGGACAACAAAGUAGUGCUGUAAUUCUGAUUGAUUAUUAAUAUUGUUUCAUGCUUCAUUGGACAGGUACAUUUAUUAUGUGUUUUAGGCCACAAACUGUAGCGUUAUGGAUUGAGAAUGUUGAUCCACUGUUUAUAAAUUGAUUUAUAAACUGCUGUGAUAUUAUCCUGCUAAGCUCAUUAGAGUCAGUGACAUAAUACAGUAUUUCCUGGUGUCAGUUGUUGUCCACAGCUGAAAAGUAAUUCACACUAAGACAUGCACUGAGUUUAAGCUCAGUAAGUGCUGUUCUGUAUCCUAUAUAUGGGUUAUCUAAACCCACCAUAAAGAUACAGCAUUUCUAUUUAUUGUACAGUCAGGCAUUCCUGAACUGCAGAUCCUGAACAUUUCUUUAAUAAUAAUAAUAGAUGUUUAAUGCCAGAAGAGAAAUUUAGGCUUAUUUGAGAUGUAUAUUGGCAUCACUUUCAAGACUGUCAAACUAUCACAGUGAUUUAGGUCCCUUUGCUGAAAGGAACUUCUACUUAUUUUUUUUCCAUUGCUCAUUUUAGAUAUAUUGUUGCCUCAAACAAGUAUCCAUUUACACAACAAUAAUUGUUUUUCUCUCCAAAGUUUGUUGUUUUGGUUUGUUGGUUGUUUUUUUUUAAAUUCUUAUUCCCCUAAGUCUAUGUUUGUUUCAAAUUGCAGUAAUUCUUCCUUUACUUAAGAAAAUAACUUUGGUUUUAAAAAAUCAUAUCCUUUGAUAUUUAAACUCCUUUAAUUAGGAAGUUCAAAUAUGUGGCUGCCAUUUUUGGUUAAUCCUGGUGUUAGCAGCCACCAUUAAUGUAACCCCAGUAUAACCUUAUCUCUGAUCUAUUGUUUGCUUGCUUUUCUGCUCACAAGAAACAUCUUGAUUAGCGUGGGAUGUGGAUUUGGAUUUUUUUCGUGGUGGGUGUUUGGGAUUUUUUGUGAGUUGAACUCCUAAGUGUCUGACUUUCAAUCUAAAUUAUGUUAAGAAUCCCUUGCAAGCUCGAAGGAAUUUCCCUCUUUCUUA